AAAAUUGAGCCACCUGGUGCGAUGCACCAAGCUCGGUGGAUGGCAAGAGCGAUUUACGCUAUAAAAAUGUUUUUGCUAAAAGACCAAAUAAAAAUUAGUGCAAAGGACAAGCGAGCAUUGCAAGAUGUUUCUCUAUUUAUAGCGACUUCAUAUGUCAAACCAUGGCUUCAGUGCAAUAUGGCUGUGAAGGCUCCUAAUCAGGACUUGUGUUUUCUAAAAACAUUGAAGAGGUAUGAAGCGAUUGACAAAGUGAUCUCGAAAGCAGCUUUAGAUAAGUUCUGCAAACACUUGUGGUAUUUGACGGAUGAGGUUGCCAUUUUAGCAAUUUUCGAUGAUGAACUAGACGAUGAAGUGAAAAUACGGAUGAUUUCUAAACUAGAGUAUGAUAACGAGAAGCCGUGCCAUCUGGAAAAGAGAUAUGUUCCAUCUAAACAAGAAAUCGCAAACACUUUAUUUACUAAAUGUUUGGAUGAUUUCGUGUCUACAAAGAGCAAACAUUUGUUUACACGCUUGAAAAUUGACACAAGCUUCUUGAGUGUUCCUGUUUUAAUGUGGAGCCAAAAUUAUGCUUACUUAAAUGCUAAAUCUAAAAUUUCGACUCUUCGAGCAGUUAAUGAUACAGCAGAAAGGGCAGUUAAGCUGAUGCAAGACUUUCACGGAUUAAUAACGGCGGACGAAGAGCAGAAACAGUUCCUAUUACGUUGUGUUCAAGAGCACAGAAAGCUUUAUCCUGAUUGUAAAAAAGCUACUCUGCGAAAAAUGUAUCCCAAAUAAUUAUAAUAACAUUUAAUUUCAUGAUUAUGAUGUUUAUUUUUACUUAUUUCCCUAUU